AUGUUGUCGGGAGUGGGUCUCUUCCUAGUGCAUGUACCCUUUUUAAUGAAAUUCGCUGGUGCAGCUCUAACGCCAAAUGAGUCUACGAUCGGAGACAGCUUCCGGCAGUGUCUAAUAUCCCAAACGCCGGCUAAUUUGGGACAUUGCUUGGGCGUGGAAGCGAUCACUAAACUUCAAAGUUUAGAUAACAGUCCGGAAUUUGAUUUAGUUGAUGGAUUAACUUUGUCUAGGGAUGCUCGACAGGAAUAUAGGGAUGGACAUAAUUUUGCAGAAGGCGAUCCUAGCAGUUUCAGGAGUAUCAUGGAUUCGUUUAGUUACGUUUUCUCAAAAAGAAACAUGAAAUGGAAUAUGGGAUUUAUUUACCCCGGUCUUAUAAUGCAUGUAGCGCCAUCUCUCCAUCCAGGUGGCACACUAGAGUUCGCUUUGGACCCACACAGAGAAGCAAUCAAUGUUCAUUCUCUAAAAGAAGCGGGGACAGGAAGGCUUCUUGCUCGACAAUUCCUCUUACCACUACUCCUUGGAUUUAAAUUUAAUAUAAUAAGCAUUUUACCAGUUAUGUUUGGUAUAAUAGCCUUAAUAGCCAAGAAGGCGCUAAUCAUCAGUAAGUUUGCAUUAAUAAUGUCUAGUGCCUUUGCUUUGGGAACACUCGUUUUUGGGUAUGGACAAAGCAACUACCCUAACCAACAGUACACAUCUGGUCACUAUACAUCCGGCCAGUACGGACAUCACGGUCAUCAUGGUCAUUACGGUCAUUUUGGUCAUGGUGGCCAUGGUCAUGGGCAUGGAAUCCAGACGUUUCACAACUUACCAGACGAAGACUAUAGUGAUUCAUAUUUUAGGGAAACUAAUGAGGCAAAUGCCGACCAGCUAACAGUUUUUCCAAACGUUGUUAAAUCUGACAAUGAAAAAUUUUUAAGGACUGAGCAAGGAACUGGCCGGAACUUUGCAUGGGAAGACGAAAAGAAACUAAAGGAAAAAUCGAAACCUGUUUGA